AGAGACUUUUGCAUCCCUAAAUUAGAGAUGUGCGAUCAGUAACGUCUCCUCCUGCCUCUUCAGGUGGAAUUCGGAGGCGAGCUGAGAGUAAAGUAACCGGCGCGAUAAGUUAACUCGGUCAACGUGAGGUUAAAUCUCCACGGACCCGCGUCAAAAUGAAAGUUGGGUUUCUAUCGGCACGUUGAGUUGGAUCUGCGGUGUCUGGUUUACAGUAACGUCGAGGAAGACACCAGUUGGUGUUGAUAAUACAGUAAACAUAAAAAUCUGUCUGGCCUAAAUCGAUGAAGUGUAAAAUGCAUGGGAAGAUGGCUCCAACAAAGUGCAUCAUUCCGACGAGGAUAUGAAGUUUACAGACUCCCAACAGCGGCCUGGAAGUGACUUUGGACUCGUUUGGGAUUUAGUUUAGAGUGAUGAAUCAGAUCCCGCUUUACUUUGACAUGCAGUGAAAGCGUGUGAAAAGCAGAACUAUAUGCAUUUUUCAUGCAAGUGUCUGAGAAGCAUGAUAGACGCAAAGCAUUCUGCGAAAAUGAGCUAAAAUCAGAAAUGUGCGCGAAACCUGCUUUUGAUGGUGGAUGUAUUAAUUGAAGCGUACGGAAUUAUUAACGAAACAAAAAGGAGAAAACGAUGAAAGAAAAAUCGAAGAACGCCGCCCGAACGAGACGGGAAAAGGAAAAUAGCGAAUUCUAUGAACUGGCGAAACUCUUGCCGCUGCCUUCGGCCAUCACAUCGCAGCUAGAUAAAGCCUCCAUCAUCCGGCUGACAACCAGCUACUUAAAAAUGAGAAUUGUUUUUCCAGAAGGUCUCGGAGAAUCUUGGGGGCACGUUAGUCGUACAAGUUCUCUUGACAAUGUAGGUCGAGAACUGGGAUCGCAUCUGCUCCAGACAUUAGACGGAUUCAUUUUUGUCGUUGCCCCAGAUGGAAAAAUUAUGUACAUCUCCGAAACGGCCUCCGUUCAUUUGGGCCUGUCACAGGUAGAGCUAACCGGUAAUAGCAUUUAUGAGUACAUCCAUCCGGCAGACCACGACGAAAUGACGGCUGUGUUAACGGCGCAUCAACCUUAUCACUCCCACUUUGUGCAAGAAUAUGAAAUGGAGCGCUCCUUCUUCUUGAGAAUGAAGUGCGUGCUAGCGAAACGGAACGCGGGCUUGACUUGUGGAGGAUAUAAGGUGAUCCACUGCAGUGGCUACCUCAAGAUCCGGCAAUACAGCCUGGACAUGUCACCGUUUGACGGCUGCUACCAGAACGUGGGCCUGGUGGCUGUGGGUCACUCGCUGCCGCCCAGUGCCGUCACCGAGAUCAAGCUUCACAGCAACAUGUUCAUGUUCCGCGCCAGUCUAGACAUGAAGCUCAUCUUUCUGGAUUCCAGGGUUUCGGAGCUGACCGGCUAUGAACCCCAGGACUUAAUUGAGAAGACCCUGUACCAUCAUGUCCACAGCUGUGACACCUUCCACCUUCGCUGUGCUCACCAUUUGUUGUUGGUCAAAGGCCAGGUGACGACGAAGUACUACCGCUUUCUGGCCAAGCAGGGCGGCUGGGUUUGGGUGCAGAGCUACGCCACCAUCGUACACAACAGCCGCUCCUCCAGGCCCCACUGCAUAGUCAGUGUCAACUACGUGCUGACGGAUACAGAAUACAAAGGCCUUCAGCUGUCGCUUGACCAGGUGGCAUCUGGGAAAGCUUCUCUUUACACCAGCAACGCCACCACCAUCGUGGAGAGCCGCAAGGGGAGCAAGACCCGCCUGGCCCGGGCCAAGACCAAGCCCCGGCUGUCUCCCUACCCGCAGUACGCAGGCUUCCACACGGAGCGCUCGGAAUCGGACCAGGACAGCCCUUGGGGGGGGAGCCCGCUGACAGACUCGGCCUCCCCGCAGCUGCUGGAGCACAGCGAGGCCCCCGACCUGUCCUGCGCUUUCCGGCAACCCCUGGAGCCCGGGGCGCUCUGCUACGGCCUGUCGCUGCACGAGGAUCCCCACAGCCAGCCGUGUGAGCAUGCCCGCUGCGAGGCCGGCCGCUACUUCCUGGGGACGCCGCAGCCCGGGCGGGACAGCUGGUGGGCCUCGCCACGCUCUGCGCUACCUGCAGCCAAGGCGUCCCCGGAGAACGGCGAGGGAUUCAACGGCAGCAUGCCGCACAUCGCCUCCAUACAGAGCUUUCAUGUUAGGGGACACUGGGAUGAGGACAGUGUGGUCAGUUCACCAGACGGGGGCUCUGCCAGUGACUCAGGGGACCGUUUCCGGACUGAGGUCUACCGUGGCAGCCCGCCAGAGCCCAGCAAGAUGGAGACGCUGAUACGUGUGACGCAGCAAAUGAUCAAGGAGGAGGAGAGCCGGCUGCAGCACCGCAAGGCCGGCACAGUUAACGGCCUGGCCAAGGCCCACGUGCCCUCCUUCCCGGCUGACUUCCCCCCAGGGGCUGUGGUGUACCGGAGCGCGAGCACGAGCCUGGCCUGUGAGCGGCUGCAGCAUCGCGACGGCAAGCCAACCAGUCCACCAAUUGGCCGCGAACUUGGUGCCAGCCCCGCCCCCCUAUCGCGCAUGGGCAGCCCUGCUUCCGAAAGGCUCUCCAAGCCCGGGGACUUCUUGCCUGCGGAGCUGUCACCGUCCUGUUACCCCGCGGCACACCCCAGGCAGUAUCUAGACAGGCACGCAGCCUACUCGCUGACAGGCUAUGCCCUGGACCAUCUGUAUGACGGCGAGGCCCUCCGCGGGUACUCCUUAGGCUGUGCGGGCGCCCACUAUGACGUGGCAUCUCACUUACGCAUGCCAGCUGACCCCUCACCAGGCCACAAGGGCACGUCAGUCAUCAUCACUAACGGGAGCUGACACUCAGGGACUGAGCGCAGACCCUAGAACUCUCUGUCCCAUCCAUUGUCCUCCAACCCCCUAAAAAUGCUCUUCUAAAUUUUUUUGUCAUCGGCUUUUUCCAAACCUCUCUGCAUCUUCGGUAAUGGGUCUUCUAUCCUGCACUAAAAUGAGUCAAGAUUUAGAACCAGAGGCUGUGCUGCAUACAGACAGAUUUCGUUUGAAUUCACGUUUGUGGUGUCCUUGGGUGUCUUAUAGCAUGAAUUAUGAAACAUGGGUCAUUUUUUAUGCCGCCUUCCUGAGUCGAAGAUUACCCAGAGCCGGUGUGCUCCCCAGGGCCACAUCCAUAUGCACCUACAAACAUGCUUUCAUCUGAAUAUUGUGCGGAUGAAUCAUCGGCACAGACAGAAGACAAAUGCGAGUAACACUGCGUGGAUAAGACAGUCGCCGUCAUAGAGAUAUUUUAAUGACAUCGUUUCACAGGCUGCAAGUAAGCCAUGUAAUUUAGUUUUAUCCACUGGUUUUGCACCUAUAAGGGAGCAGAAGGGGAGUGAACUGGGAAGUGCUGAGCCGAGUUUCCUGUCUAGCUUCCUGAAUGUGAACGUCGGACGGGAGGUGGGGCUGUAGCCUGGGCGGGGCUUGCAGCUGGGAAAGAAAUGGAUGCGAAAAGGAAGGUGGAGCCAGAGCUGGAGGAGAGAAGGGUCUCUGCUGCGGCCGGCGUGAGGGGAUGGAGGGGGGGACGUCGUUUGUGCACCUUCUGGCUGCUGUUCCUUCAGUUUCCUUGGUUGAGGUGCCCCCACCACAUGCAUCAGGCUGUCAGCGUGUCUGUUGUAUCUGCCCUCACGAGAAAAAAAUUAUAUAUAAAUGUAGAAGGCUGGUUUGGCUGCCAUUGUUCUCAAACUUUGUAAAGUGGUGACUUUCCUUUAGACUUAUUUAUAAUGUAAAUAUGUUCAGGUUUGAAGUACAAGUGCAAAAAAAUGUAUUUAUUAUGUGAAUGAAAAUUGUUUUCUUUCAGUUUUCAAAUAUAGUUGCAAUCAAACAAAUUCUGCUUUCUUUUGUGUGUUUGUAGAACAAAAGAAAAACUUAUUUUAUCUUAAUCCAAAAAUCAUUUUUAUUGUUUAGAACCUAUAUCAUACAAGAAUGAACAUAAUCUGGAAUUUCUGAUUUAUUUAAUGUAUCCUAUUUAAUUUAAAAAGCAGUGUGUCUAUGAGGUCACUGAAAAUGUUUAGCCCCAAAAUUUCCGAGAACUGCCGAAAUUUCAAAGUGUAUUGAUUGUUGAUUACGGAAAAAAACAGUAGGACCUUGACUACCUGCCUAUUUACAUAAGGUGUGAUGAUAUAUAUUGUCAUCAGUUGAUUUGGGAUUUAGACUAUUUGUAUUUUUUUUUAUCUGAGGCAUAAUAUAAUACAUCUUGCUUAGAAUGAUCCCAAAAUAUAUUUCCUGCAUUUCUGUUGCCUUGCUGUCUGUCAGCUGUAAAAAUUUUAUGACACAGUCAUCAUUUGUCACAUUUGGUAACAAAGGCA